AGUAUGAGCAGCGAUGUCUCCCAGCCAGGGUUGGAGUUCUGCUAUGACCAUGUGAAUGGAUCCUGCAUCAAGACUCCCUACUUACCUGGGCCAAGGGUGAUCCUCUACUCGGUGUUUGGCUUCGGGGCUGUGCUGGCAGUGUGUGGGAACUUCCUGGUGAUGACUUCCAUCCUUCACUUCAAGCAGCUGCAUUCCCCAGCCAAUUUCCUCAUCGCCUCUCUGGCCUGUGCUGACUUCUUGGUGGGACUGACUGUGAUGCCCUUCAGCAUGGUCAGGUCUGUAGAGAGCUGCUGGUACUUUGGAGCCCAGUUUUGCACCAUUCACAGUUGCUGCGAUGUGGCGUUUUGCUACUCGUCUCUCUUCCACCUGUGCUUCAUCUCCAUCGACAGGUACAUCGCCGUCUCGGACCCUCUGAUCUAUCCCACCAAGUUCACGGUGUCCGUAUCAGGAGUUUGUAUUGGCGUCUCCUGGAUCCUGCCCCUGCUGUACAGCGGCGCCAUGUUCUACACAGGCAUCAGUGACGAGGGGAUGGAAAGCUUGGUAACUGCCCUCAAUUGUGUAGGUGGCUGCCAAGUAGUUCUCAAUCAGGACUGGGUUUUGGUACAUUCUCUGCUGUUUUUCAUACCCACCCUUGUUAUGAUCAUUGUCUAUACUAAGAUUUUUUUGGUAGCUAAACAACAAGCUAUAAAAAUUGAAAGUACUGUGGGUAGCAGCAAAGCAGAAUCAUCCUCAGAAAGUUACAAAACCAGAGUGGCCAAGAGGGAGAGAAAAGCAGCCAAAACUCUGGGGGUCACGGUGGUAGCCUUUAUGGUCUCGUGGCUACCAUAUACAAUUGAUACAUUAGUUGAUGCUUAUAUGGGAUUCAUCACCCCUGCCUUUAUUUAUGAAAUUUGUUGCUGGACUGCCUACUACAACUCAGCCCUGAAUCCUUUAGUUUAUGCUGUAUUUUAUCCUUGGUUUCGGAAAGCCAUAAAACUUAUUUUAAAAGGAGAAAUUUUCAAGAGUAGUUCAUCAACCAUGAAUUUAUUUUCAGAAUAA